CGAUAGGGAUACCCGUCGAGUCUCAUCGACGAGCGAUGUCGUUGAUAGUCGUUUUUUUGAAGAGUGCACUCAUAUCUAUAUAGGGACCCGACGGAGAGCUCGCAAGCUCGAGAAUGUAGUAUCCUAGUGGGCGCUUGCUGGCGGAGACUCAAGCUCAGGCUUUCGCGGCGGCCAAGCGAGUCGAAACAGGUGGAAGAUCUCCGGCGCGAUACUCUGAAGAGUACCACACCAAGAGCUAUCGCGUGACUAUCGAUGAUGGUGGAAGGCACGUUGCCAGAACGCGAUUGGUUGGCCCGGCGCGCGUCUCCGCUCGGCUCGUGCUUUGCUGCAUGCCGAUCAUCACUUCGCUAAGCUCGAUAUUUCCUCGAGAGGUCGAGUUGGAGAAACGAGGAUCUUGAGGAAUGCCAAGCGUGAAAUGACGAUCUUCGGAAUCGUGCCCGAUUCUAAAUCGAUGUCAUCCUCAUCGUCGCGAUGUUGGAGAGACAAACGCUGUCUGGUCAGUUAAUUACGUCUCUCCGGUGCGACUCGCGAUCCUAUAAACGGCGAAUGUCGCGAGGCGCGACGGUCUCGGUAAGAAACCAUUUCGAUAUUCGCAUUUUAGAGAGCAAAUGUGAUGACAAAAAAUCUUCAGAGAAAUCGAAUUUGUUUUUCCCGCAAGAAAAAGCUUUGUUGAAAAAAUUAAGUAUACGCAGCCGCGACGAGUAGAUAAAUAAAUAGAAUUCGUAGAUAAAUAAGCAAAAUAAAUAGAUGGAAGUAGAAGGGUUGCUGAUAGCAAGGAAGAUAGAAGAUGUAGAUCUUGGAUUUAUGAGCUAAGAUCAGAUUAGAGGAAUGUUAGAAACCGAGAAGAACUUGAAUUAAAAAUAGAAAUUAGCAGUGUGAUCGUUUUUUGAGAGAGAUCUAGGGCAAUAAUCGUACUACUGAUCGCGCGGCGGACUUGAAGAAGCAUGAAUCAAACAAACGUCAGUUUGAGCUGACGUAAGAAGAAUCGGCGGCAAGAAGCGGCGUGUUCCAUACCAUAAAUUGAAGGAAAGGAAGCCUUUAAGUUCCAAGAAUUUAUUGAAUUUGAAUGUAAAAGAGAUUUUUUGGAAAGUUGCCAAGUCGCAAAUGCAAAAAGUUGUUUCAAGUUUGUUGCAAGAAAGAUAUUUGAAGCACAAUCAUCGAGGCAGCGACAAAUAUUCGAGUGGCGCACGGUUUCAAUUCAUAAAUGUCGAACCAGCGAAGAAACGCUCUACACAAGAAUCUAUUGCCCAAGCAAGUAUCCAUCGUAAGCGAUCGAUGUGGAUCGAAUCAUCAAUGUUAGACUACUCAUAGAUGUAGAUGUCGUUAUUCUGAAGAAAAGGAUUCUAGACUUGAAGUUGAAGAUUGAUUCGGCGUGAUAGAAGCGGAGCGUGCCGCCGAUACGCUUCGGGUACGGUCAACGCUGGCUCUCCCGCUACCCUGAAGGAAGAUUCCACCUUCAAAUAUGGCCUCGGUGGCAGCGUGGCUGCCAUUCGCCCGUGCAGCGGCGAUCGGCUGGGUACCGAUCGCCACACACCCACUGCCACCGCCGCCGAUCCCGAAGGAUCGGCGCAAGGCCGACGAUGAGAAGCUAUUAAUCAACGUGAGCGGUCGUCGCUUCGAGACGUGGCGUAACACCUUGGAGAAGUAUCCGGACACGCUGCUCGGCUCGAACGAACGCGAAUUCUUCUACGAUGAAGAGAGCAAGGAGUACUUCUUCGACCGGGAUCCGGACAUCUUCCGGCACAUUCUCAACUAUUAUAGAACUGGGAAAUUACACUAUCCGAAGCACGAGUGCCUGACGAGCUACGACGAGGAAUUGGCGUUCUUCGGCAUCCUGCCGGACGUGAUCGGUGACUGUUGUUACGAGGAUUAUCGGGAUCGCAAGCGCGAGAACGCCGAGCGGCUGAUGGACGAUAAGCUGAGCGAGAAUGGCGAUCAGACCCUCCAGCAGCUGCUCGACAUCCGGCAGAAGAUGUGGCGAGCCUUCCAGAAUCCGCACAUCUCCACCGCCGCGUUGGUGUUCUACUACGUUACCGGGUUCUUCAUCGCUGUGAGCGUGUUGGCGAACGUGGUGGAGACCGUGCCGUGCGGCAAUCGUCCGGGCCGCGCCGGCACUCUCUCGUGCGGCGAGCGUUACAAGAUCGUCUUUUGCCUGGACACUGCAUGCGUGAUGAUCUUCACAGCCGAGUACCUGCUGAGGCUGUUCGCCGCGCCCAGCCGGUGCAAGUUCGCGCGCUCCGUGAUGUCGAUCAUCGACGUGGUCGCGAUACUGCCGUACUACAUCGGACUCGGGAUCACCGACAACGACGACGUAUCGGGCGCGUUCGUGACGCUGCGGGUGUUCCGCGUGUUCCGUAUCUUCAAAUUCUCGCGUCAUUCGCAGGGACUACGUAUCCUGGGCUACACUCUAAAGUCCUGUGCCUCCGAGCUGGGUUUCCUCGUGUUUUCGCUCGCGAUGGCCAUCAUCAUCUUCGCCACCGUCAUGUUCUACGCGGAAAAGAACGUCGACCAAACCAACUUCACCUCGAUACCCUCCGCCUUCUGGUAUACCAUCGUCACGAUGACUACGCUGGGCUACGGUGACAUGGUUCCGAAAACGAUCGCGGGAAAAGUCGUCGGGGGUGUAUGCUCCUUAAGCGGUGUCCUAGUGAUCGCUUUACCGGUACCUGUUAUCGUGAGUAACUUCAGCAGAAUAUAUCAUCAAAACCAACGUGCUGACAAACGGAAGGCGCAAAGGAAAGCCAGAUUGGCGCGUAUCAGAAUCGCGAAGGCAUCGAGCGGCGCUGCCUUCGUGAGCAAAAAGAAGGCAGCGGAAGCGCGUUUAGCCGCUCAGGAGAGCGGACUGCAGCUGGAGGAGUUCUACAAGGAGGAGGAUAUCUUCGAGCUGCAGCAUCAUCAUCUACUUCGUUGCUUGGAGAAGACCACGGAUCGCGAAUUCGUGGAGAUGGAGGUGCCGUACAACGGUGCCCCGAAGAGGCCGGGCUCGCCAUCGCCCCUGACCUCCCCCGCGCACAGCACUGCCUCCAGGGGCGGCCUGCUGCAGUCCUGCUGCGGGCGCUGCUACCCCCAACGUUACCAGAGCUUGUCCUAUCAACUUACCUCGAACGAGAGCAAGGACAGAGUGGUGCUCAUAUAUGGCGACCGUAUACAGGUGCGGAAAAAGGACCUAAAGAAGCGCGAUUCCCACAUCUGCGACAUGCAGGCCUUACAGCCACUUCCGGCCCCCACCAACACCGCCAACACCGCGCCCGCCAUGACUACUUCCGGUGGGCAGCCACCGCUCCCGGUAUCGGAGACCGUUUGAAUCACGACGAUUACGAGAACCGAUCACGAUCGUCCGUGUGCGCGAUGCGCUAACCACGCAUUACCACACCACCACUCACCUCUAAACUCACCGCCGUCCUCCUCCACACCUGUACUCGCUGAACCCGAUGAACGAACCACGGCCGACCACGGUCGAAGCAACGUAAUAAAAACGAGCCGUUCGCCACGCGAGAUGGAGAUCGUCAUCAACGGUUCAACGGCAUUCCGAUCUGCAAUUUCAUAAGCGGAUUGAUUCACUCUACCGAGAGGACGGAACGAUCGUUUGUUAUUCGACGGGAUCUACAGAGGAUCUAGGAGGAAGAUCCGGGCUUCCGUUGGACGUCCCCUCGCGAUCUACGUCAUCGCGAUGCGAAUCGAUUACUAUCGAAUCGAAACGCGAGGAUCGACGCGCGGUUCCUCCUUUGCGAUCGUAGUUCCAUUAGAUCAUUUGCGUCGAUUCCGCAGAUUUCCAUUCGAAAAA